UUCUGUUGCUCACGGUCAGUCGCUGUUGAUCGGCUGCUCUUCAACACGAUAGAUUUGAUGCUGAUGUGGCUCAGAAUGGCUCCUGCUCUUCAUCUGAUCUUUCUGCUCAUCAUUCACAGGGUUUCUGCUGCUGGUUGGGGUGUGAAUUACAGUCCUUCAUACAUCUGUGCACUGAAGAACUCAACAAUGACAAUCAGCUGCACUUUUACAUACCCGACUACUGGAUAUCAGAUCAUGAAAGUGUUUUGGAACAAAGACGAGGUAAAACAUGGAGUAGAGCUUGCAGAUCUGUCUGAGGACCCUGAAUACAGUCAGAGGCUUCAGUAUCUGGGAGAUGAACAGCACAACUGCACCGUCAGACUGAGUCAUGUGACAAAGAAAGAUGAACACCAGUAUUAUUUCAGAUUCAUUACUGAUGUAUCAGGAGGAAUGUGGACUGGUACUCCAGGAGUGCGUCUCUCUGUCACAGAUCUUCAGCUGGAGUCUCCUGAGAGAGUGACAGAGGGAGAUUCAGUCCGUCUGACAUGUAACAGCAGCUGUAAACUGACUGACACACCAACAUUCAUCUGGUACAGAAACUCACACACAUUGACUAAUAUUGGAGAUGAACUCAACAUCAGGUCAGUCAACAGAACAGAAGCAGGACACUACAGCUGUGGUGUGCAGGGACAAACCUACAUCUCUCCUGCUGUUUAUCUCAAUGUCAGAUAUGCUCCAGAUACUCCUGUGAUCUCCAUCAACAGAUCUGCUGUAAUAAUGGAGGGAGAUUCAGUGACUCUGAACUGCAGCAGCAACUCAAACCCUCCUGCAAACUUCAGCUGGUUUAAAGGAAAUACAUCUGUAGGUUCUAGAAGAAUCUUCCGCAUCUCCAAGAUCAGCUCUGAUGACAGUGGAGAAUACAAGUGUAGAGCCAGAAAUGUACAUGGAGAGAAAUACUCUGAUCCUGUGACUUUAGAUGUCCAGUACCCACCCAGGAACAUCUCAGUGUCUAUGAACAGAUCUGCUGUAAUAAAGGAGGGAGAUUCAGUGACUCUGAACUGCAGCAGUGACUCAAACCCUCCUGCUCUGAACUUCAGCUGGUUUAAAGGAGAAACAUUUGUAGGAUCUGGAAGAAUCUUCAACAUCUCCAAGAUCAGCUCUGAUGACAGUGGAGAAUACAAGUGUAGAGCCACAAAUGAACAUGGAGAGAAAUACUCUGAUCCUGUGACUUUAGAUGUCCAGUACCCACCUAAAAAGGUCUCAGUGUCCAUCAGUGGAUCUGCUGUAAUAGUGGAGGGAGAUUCAGUGACUCUGAGCUGCAGCAGCGACUCAAACCCUCCUGCUCUGAACUUCAGCUGGUUUAAAGGAGAAACACUUGUAGGAUCUGGAAGAAUCUUCAACAUCUCCAAGAUCAGCUCUGAUGACAGUGGAGAAUACAAGUGUAGAGCCAGAAAUGAACAUGGAGAGAAAUACUCUGAUCCUGUGACUUUAAAUGUCCAAUAUCCUCCCAGGAAUGUCUCAGUGUCCAUCACUGAUUCUGGUCAGCUUUGGUUUGAUUCAUUGAGUCUGAAGUGCAUAAGUGACUCAAACCCUCCUGCUCUGAACUUCAGCUGGUUUAAGGAGAAUCAAAGCUCAGCUGUUGGAUCUGGACAGAGUUUCAGUGCAGUACAGAGUGGACGCUUCUACUGUGAGGCUCACAAUCCACAUGGAGCUCAGAGAUCAGACGCCGUCACUGUCACUGUUCAUCAACAUGCUGUGAGAAACAUCAGCAUCACAGCGACAGCUGUACCAAUAUUAAUCAUCAUCAUUAUUGUCAUCAUCGUCCUGUUAAUAAUAAAGAAACAAAGGAGUGCUAAAUCUGAAGGUCUCACAAUGAUGCAGAAUGAUCUGUAUUCUGAUGUGCCACAGAAAGUUCAAGCUCACGACAAUCCAGUUUGUGACCCUGGAUUAGCCGAUGAAGCUCCGAAUGAAACUGUGAAUCCCAGAAUAAGUGCUGAAUGCAGAGAUGCUGAGGAGAUCCAGUACGCCACUGUCCAAUAUCACAAAAACACACCGAAGAAGAAAGAGGAAGAAGAGGAGCAGCGUCAGUGUGACAACACACCAGUUCAGCAGCCUGAUCAAGACCACAGGCAAGAGAAUGUGGAAACUGUGGAGGAAUCUGUGAUUUACAGUACGCUCAAAUAAUUGAAAGACUGUCCAUGGGAGAUUAAUGAAUUAUAGUUGUGUUUCAGCCCCACAUGGAGGCUUUUGAUAGAUUUCACUGUUCCAGAUCAGUUUAAUGAUGAUUUUUGCAUUUGUGAAUUUGAAGUUUGUUUCUUAAGUAUUUCCUCUUUAUAUUUAAACAUACUUGUCAACCCUCCUGUUUUUCCCGGGAUUCUCCCGUAUUUUGCAUGUACAUGUGAUUU